AUGGAUCGAAAAGGCUCAGAUUUAUACAGAGAUGCUCGAAGCAAGAAUCCAGGUGCUUUAAGACUGAGUCAGUUGGCAUAUAAAUCUUCAUCACUAUUAUCAACGAGGAAAAACUUACCACUUGAAUCCAAAAAUGUUAACGUUACUUCGCUAUGUGGUUCAAAGAAAAUAGAACAUGCAAGCUUUAAAAGAAAACCACUUUCGUCGAUAAAUCAAAAAUCAUAUGUGGUUGCUAGCCAAGAGUCAAAUAAUGCUAAACCUUUGGAUUCUAUUUUACAGAAUUCUAAAGUGUCGAAAUUAUCUCAGCCGAUAACGACGACAAACAUAGCAAGAGGAGAGGAUAUUAGAGAUAGUUACACGUUACGCAGGCGUAUACGUGAUGAUAAUGAGAAGUGUGCUUCUAGUGCUGAUAAGAAAAAAACUAAUUUAGUUACCCAGUUAAUUUGCGCAUUAAACGAUUUUAACCUUAUGGUAAAGACAUCACAACAAAAUCAAAAUUAUGAUAUUUUAGUCGAUAUAAGGCAUGCAAUUUGGUUAUCGCCUUUUGAAAUAAUGGUAAUAUCUGAUGACCCGAGGGUUAAAAGGGCCAUUUUACACUCGCAUAAAGCAAUACCGAAAUUUGUAAAUUCACCUUCCAGAUUGGCCAUUUGUUCAAAAUGCUGUUUAACGUUAUACAAUGAUAUGAAUUGGUACUUAAAAUGGAAAUUUCUCUAA